AUGUCGAGCUUCCAGCAAGGACAGACUAUCAUUUUUGCUAUAGAGGAGAUCAAUAAGGAUCCCAACCUGCUGCCUAACAUCACCCUCGGUUAUCAUCUGUAUGACAACUGUUUAAAGCUUGUAGUGGCAUUCAGGGCUGCCCUAGAUCUUAUUAGUGGGCGAGAACAGACCCUCUCUAACCUAAACUGCACAGGCCCACCACCGGUGAUUGCUAUUGUGGGAGAUCCAGGGUCCACUCACUCCAUUGCAAUUUCUAGUGUGCUGGGUCUGUUUCGAGUUCCUUUGAUUAGCUACUAUGCCACCUGCUCCUGUUUGAGUGACAGAAAAAAGUACCCCUCUUUCUUCAGAACUAUCCCCAGUGAUGCCUUCCAGGUGAAGGCUAUGGUUCAGAUCUUGAAAUAUUUUGGAUGGACUUGGGUUGGUGUUAUCUAUAGUGAUGAUGACUAUGGAAUCUACGCCGCUCAGGCCUUCCACCAGGAAAUGGAGCUCUUUGGAGGUUGUGUUGCUUUCUCUGAAAUAAUGCCAUAUGAUAAUCACAGGGAUAUACAGCGCAUAGUUACAGUAAUAAAGGCUUCUACGGCAAAGGUGAUUGUGGCAUUCUCAACUGAUCUGUUAGCUCUGAUGGAUGAAUUGUUAUUGCAAAAUGUGAUGGGCAGGCAAUGGAUUGCAAGCGAGGCUUGGACCACCUCACCUGUACUUCAUGGUUCACGUUACCUGCCCCUUGUUGGGGGCACGCUGGGUAUAGCCAUCCGCCGUGGAGAGAUCAAGGGACUUAAUGACUUUCUGCUACACAUCCAUCCUGACCACGAUCCAAGAAAUAAUAUGGUGAAAAUCUUCUGGGAGAACAUGUUCGGGUGCAGGUUUCAGACUGGAGCAGGGAUUACGGGAGAAAAAAUGUGUACAGGGAAAGAGGAUCUUAGCAGCACAGUUAAUGAAUAUACUGAUGUGUCAGAGCUGAGGGCCUCCUAUAAUGUGUAUAAGGCAGUAUAUGCCCUGGCACAUGCACUGCAUGACCUGAUGCAGUGUGAGGAGGGGAGAGGGCCAUUCAUUGGGAACAGCUGUGCCGACAUAAACAACCUGCAGCCAUGGCAGCUGAUUCACUACCUACAGAAAGUGAACUUCACCACAGGCUUUGGGGAUCAUGUGUCAUUUGAUAAAAAUGGAGAUGCAUUAGCCAUCUAUGAUGUGAUGAACUGGCAGCCGAGCUCUGACGGGUCGAUCAUUGUUCGUACAGUUGGUGUGGUAGAUGAAGGGGCGGCAACAGGGAAGGUGCUCACACUGGAUGAGGAUGCAUUAUACUGGAACUUUGAGACAAAAAAACCUCCACGGUCUGUGUGCAGUGAGAGCUGCCAUCCAGGCACCAGACGAGCCACGAGGAAGGGCCUUCCUGUCUGCUGUUUUGACUGCCUGCCAUGUGCAGAUGGAGAGAUUUCUAAUAUAACAGAUUCAACUGAAUGCAAACUGUGUCCAGAUGACUCCUGGUCCAAUCCAGAAAAGACUGACUGUAACCCCAAAGAAGUGGAGUUUCUAUCUUAUGAGGAUCCGCUUGGCAUCUCCCUCACCACUGCCUCCCUUCUUGGCACCUGCUUCUGUGCCAUUGUGAUGGUCAUCUUUGCCCAUCACCGCAACACUCCUGUAGUACGUUCAAACAAUUCAGAGCUCAGUUUUCUGUUGCUGCUGUCACUCAAACUGUGUUUUCUGUGUGUGCUACUCUUCAUUGGUCAGCCACAGUUGUGGACGUGUCAGUUAAGACACGCCAUGUUUGGCAUUAGCUUUGUUCUGUCCGUCUCCAGCAUCCUGGUCAAGACUAUGGUGGUAAUAGCUGUGUUCAAGUCAUCUCGGCCUGAGGGCAAAUCUGCAAUGAAAUGGUUUGGGACAGCCCAACAGAGAGGUACAGUCUUAGUCUUAACUGCUGUCCAGGUGGUAAUAUGCACAGUUUGGUUAUCAACUGCAUCUCCAACACCCCAUAAAAACACAGUCUAUAUCCGAUCUAAAAUAGUAUAUGAGUGUGCUAUUGGCUCAGUGGCUGGCUUCGCCAUUCUGCUGGGCUACAUUGGACUGCUGGCAGCAGUAAGCUUCCUGUUAGCUUUCCUAGCACGAAACCUCCCAGAUAAUUUUAAUGAAGCCAAAUUCAUUACCUUCAGUAUGUUGAUAUUCUGUGCUGUGUGGAUUACAUUUGUUCCAGCAUAUGUCAGCUCACCAGGAAAAUAUUCAGUGGCUGUUGAGAUUUUUGCCAUCCUGGCAUCCAGUUUUGGAUUACUGGUGGCCAUAUUUGCCCCAAAGUGCUACAUAAUUAUACUGCAUCCAGAGAAAAACACUAAAAAAGCCAUUAUGGGAAGACCAGAUGCAAAGAAAUAGUUUUACAUUCUGACUGAAAAAAAUUAUUUGACAAAUGUAUUUCUGUAUUUGAUAUUGCAACUUAUUUAUUGUGGUAGUCAUAGUAUUAUUAGUAUUUAUAUGUAGAAGUAUUAUUGUUCAAAAGACUAUGGGUCUCUUUCCUCAAACAGGAGCAAAGAAAUUUUAAUCAUUCAUAAAACGAAUCAUGGGUAAAAUUGUUGAACUAAAGCUCCUGAAUAAGGUCCAAUCUUUGCUCCAUAAGAAAUGCUUUAUGUCUGUUUCAUACACAUACUGCAUCGGCAGGGUGUGAGGCGCGCUGCUGCUUGACUUCUACAGCAGGAUCAUGUUGUGCUUUCACACAGACAGCGUUUCUGCUUUGUGACAGAGCUGCAGCUCAAACAAAAAAACUAAAAUAACGUUAUUGGUAGUGAGCUAUUGAGAAUUAUUAAAGACUUGAUUGUCAUGAAAUCUAAUUAUUGAUAAUUAUUAUCUAAAUGGUAUUUCAUUUAUAUGGAAUGGAUAAAUUAAAACUUCGG